CACUUGACAACGUCAAAGAAUCUUAUUUUAAAGAAAUUUUAAAGGAUCAAUUCUGAUUAAUAUCAAAUUAUAAAAAAAAUAGUAAUUAUUCUUUGAAGAACUCCAAUUUAGUAGCCAGGUUAUGUGAUUUUUUAUGAAUCUAUUGCAGAUAUAAAGAGGACUCCAUGUCAGAUCGAAUUGUUAUUUGUUUACAAAGGCGGUGAUCAGAGCCAUUGAAAGUAGCAAGUGAAAGUUGAUAUAUUGUGCAGAAAAAUAUUUUCACGACUUUUUAUCAUAAUUAACUUGAUCUAUUGACACUGGCAGCAUUAUGGAUGGUUUAAAACUUUUAGAGCCAAGUGAAUUAUACAAUAUUCUACAACAAUCCACUGUUUUUUCAUGUUUAAGUGACCCCAACUAUCUUCUUUUAAUGGAUGCAAGGAAGAAGAAUGAAUACAAUGAAAGUCACAUUAUAACAGCAAAGAAAGCACCGAAGAAUGAAGAAGAUCAGUUUAUGAUACCCUAUGAUGCAGAGUUAGAAUGUAAACAAACAAUAGUUGUCUAUGAUAGCAAUACAGAAUCUUUGAAGGAAGAAACUCCUGCUACAGAUUAUGCCAAGUUGUUGUGGAAGUUAGGAAGUCGUAAUGAAGUCAAUAUUUUAAAAGGUGGUUAUGAAGCUUUCUCAGCUCUUUAUCCAUUUUUAAGAACACAAAAAAUAAUUUAUAUGCCAAGGGAACUUGACGAUUUGAAACCAUAUCCUAUUGAAAUUAUUCCUGGUUUAUUAUAUCUUGGUAAUUGGCAGCAAGGAAAUGCUGCUUAUGUACAGAAAGAUUUAAAGAUUAAAGGUCAUAUAAAUUGUGUUAUAGAAUCAGAAACAUAUUUCCCUGAGUCAGGUCCACAGUUAUUACAUAUACAAGUUGAAGAUCGUAAUGAUGCUGAUAUUUAUAACCAUUUUGCUGCAGCUUGUGCUUUCUUAGAUACUCAUAGAAGACUAAAGAAAGCUGUCCUAGUAUUUUCUAAUCUUGGUAUUAGUAGAUCAGUAACAGUUAUAGUAGCUUAUUUAAUGUAUUAUAAAAAAUGUUCAUUAAAGGAAGCAUAUGAGAUUGUUUCCAAGUGUUGUAAAAAUCUGCGACCAAACCGAGGUUUUAUAGAACAGUUAAGUAAUUGGGAGGUAGAAUUGUUUGAUACACAAAAAACAGAUAUCAGUGAUCCAAAUUUUUGAUUUUACCACUUUUUUGUAAUUAUGUAUAUACUCUGUGAUAUUUAUGUCUGUGAUAAAAAUAUGAAUUG